AUGGAAUCAAGCAAGAAAUUCGAUGUCCUCUUUCGCGCUCUUAAACUCUACAAUCAAAAUGAGAUCGAUAAAUGUGAAGAAGAAUGCACGAAGAUUCUACAGAAAAACCCAUUGGAUCAGGCGGCUUGGACUUUGAAACUCUCUUGUCUGACUGAGUCUCUUUACAUUGACGAGCUUGACAACAAUGAUGUGGGCAUUGCGGAGACUUUUCUCGAACAAAACGUAAUCGCACCGAAUGCCCGUCCAGGCACUUCAUUCAAUCGACCGCUCACGAGUGCUCGUGGAGCGAAUCCCUUACUUCGACCAACAACAAACGCGGGACGACCUCUUUCUGGUGUUGUUCGUCCAAUGACCACUGCUAGACCCGGCACAAUGGAUCAAGCUGUCCGAACGAGUCGAACAGCGAAAACAGCGCGCGCCGUCACGAGCAGCUCAGCUCGUUUUGUUCGACUGGGAACGGCUUCAAUGGCUUCAAAUCCUGAUGGUCCAUUCGUCAAUUUGGCUCGAUUGAACAUUGAGAAAUAUGCAAAAGAUGCACAAGUAAACCGACAACUUUUCGAGUACGUUUUUUAUCAUGAAGGUGAUGUGAAAACGGCGCAUCAGAUUGCCGCCAUUGCAACGAAAGAAGCUGAAUUCAACGAUUGGUAUUGGAAGAAUCAAUUGGGAAAAUUGGGCAUGUUUCAAGACGCGGAAAAGCAAUUCCUCUCCUCACUUAAAACCAUGAAAAUGGUUGAAACGUAUGCGUAUUUGGCGAAAAUCUAUAAUCGAUUGGAUCAACCAUUAGUUGCAAUCAAAUAUUAUGAAGAAGGGCUAGAAAGCUUCAAGAAUGAUAUCACGAUUUUAACUGGAUUGGCGAGAGUGAAUGAGCAACUAGGCAAAAUCGAUGAAUCGAUCGAACUUUACAAGGAGAUUCUAGCCGUUCAAGCAAACAAUGUCGAAGCGAUAGCUUGCAUUGCCACCAAUUAUUUCUAUUCAGAUCUACCAGAGAUAGCUUUAAGAUAUUAUAGACGUAUCAUGCAAAUGGGAGUGAACAACGCGGAACUUUUCCUCAACGUUGGCCUCUGUUGCUUCUUUUGUCAACAGUUUGACUUAGCGAUUGCUUGCAUUGAGAGAGCUCAUGCCACCGCCACUGAGGACAUUCAAGCUGAUGUCUGGUACAACACUGGACACGUGGCAUUGUCGAUUGGCGAUGUGAAAAUGGCGGAUCGAUGCUUUCAACUAGCACUAACAGCUGAUCAAGAUCAUGGAGAAUCUUUAUGCAAUUUGGGAAUACUUAGACUUCGAGAAGGGAAAAUCGAUCAAGCCAAAUCGUUCUUUCACAAUGCAAAAGGGAAAGCCCCACACCUUUUCGAGCCAUACUUCAAUUUAGCGAUUCUGGCAAAUCAGGCUGGUCAAUACUCUGAAGCACUGAUCAAUGUGAACAAAUCGCUGGAGAUCUUCCCCGAGCACGUUCACUCGCAAACAUUGAAGAGACACAUCACCAUUUUGUACACAAUGCUU